UGCUGUCAAACGGUGAAAGGAAAGCAGCCCCCGACACUGACAUCUGCUGUCUGCGAGUGCGAGAAAAAAAGAAAAGAAGUGCAAAAAUAAGAUUCCUGACAAAAUGUAAUUAUUUACCGAAUAGAAAUAAGGCUUUUCCGGAUACUGCAGUUCGUGGCGUGGUGAUCGUCCAUAGCUCGUGCGUGCGUGCGUGCGUGAGAGUGAGAGAGAGAGCCACUUUUGCGGCACAUUAUUUUUUGCUGUUUGGCUGUAGAAGAUGUAAAAAGUAAUCGUGUAGGCACACAGAACGACGCCAAAAACGACUACAGCGAAUGGAAGGAACGCACCGUUUGAUCUCCUCCCGGCGGGUAUCGCAGCGAAAGCGCUGAAAGCGGAAAAACCACUACGCGAAAUAACAAUUACCGUGUGUGUGCGUGUGCGUGUGUGUCAAUGUGCGUGUGUGCGUGUUUGUUCCGCGAAGAAGAACGCUCCUGGUAGUUGGUAGUAGCCCGCACAGUAGGCGUUCUUUCCCCGUUGCUGCGUUAGUGUGUAGCGUUGUCCGUAUUUAGCUGUAUAUGUGUAAAGUGUUUAGUGUGUGGGUGCAAAAAGAAGAAGCAGAAGAAUACAGAAAAGAGGCAGACAGAAGUCCGUAAAACAAGGAUUCGACGGGGAGCAGCAGCAGCCAGGUGGUGAAUCCCCACCAUCCCGGAUUGCGGUUCCGGAUAUUGAAGGCGGAAGAUUCCCGACAGGAGCUGCUAGCUACGUAGUUGCACCAAUAUCGACAACUGUGGGACGGUUGCUGCUCCGGCUGCACCGUCGGCAGUGUUGCACGAGGCAGCCAAAGCAAUGACCGAGGCGCAAGCCAACGAGUAUCUCCGGCAUCGACUGUGGCAGAAGGCAAAAGACAUCUACGACAGCAUCGUUGGAGCGUCCGGGAGCGACCAGCCAGCGUCCGGUCGGCGACACUCGAAGGAGCAGGUGAUCGCGUGUCUGUACGGCCGCACAGAAUGCUGCCUGGAGCUGCGGCAGUACGAUCAGGUGACGCAGGACUGCCACCGGCUGCUGAAGCUGCUCGCGCUGGCCGAGAACGCGGCCGGAAGCAACGGCACCAGCGGCGGCCCGAACAGUAACGGAGCGGCCGCCGGCCCAUCCUCAUCAUCCACCGAAUCUCCCAGCCCGACGCCGUCCUCCUCGUCGACCGGGUCCUCCUCGUCGUCGAAGGGUGGUGGUACGGGCGCGAGCAAAACCACCGCCGCCGCCGCUGCCACCAAUGGAACGUCCAGCGCGGGUGCACUUGCCGCCGGCGGUACCGGCAGCACCGAGUCGAAGGUGCGCAAGCGGCUCAUACACUCCCUGUUCAAGCAGCGCAAGUUUGCCGAAGCGGACGUGAUCCUGCAGGAGUGGGCGACGGGCCAGGGCGCCAACCAGGACAUCGGGCGGUAUCUGGAUCGGCUGCGGGCGCUGCUACAGCAGGCCUCCGCGUCGGGCGGCGCUCCGGACGGUGGCGAAAACCAUCCACCGAGCGGCGAAGCGGUGGCCCCGGCGACCGGCUCCUCCAGCUCGUCGACCGGUUCCUCCCAGUCGUCGCUAAACGACGAGUACGAGCAGAUCGAGACGAAGCUGGAAAAGCUCAUCCUCAACAAUCUGCCCCCGGAUCGGUACACGAAGCAGCUGGGCAGGAUCGAGAGCCAGCUGCGGAUGGGAAACGGGGACGCGGCCGGCGAACCAGUGUCGGCGGAGGCGGACGAAGCGAGCCACCAGCAGCGUGCGGCUGGGCCGGGUCAGAAGAGAGUGGGCGAUGAGAAGCGCAGGGAGGCGGUGGACGCGCCGGCAGGGGCAAAACCGACGGGAAAAGCCGCAACACACAGCAGCAGCAGUGGCAGUAGCAGUAGUAGUAGCAGCAACAGCAGCAGCAGCAGCAGCAACAGUGAUAGUAAAGCUAGUGAUAGUAACGGUAAUUUAUUCAAUGAAGCAAACAGUGAUAAGGGCGAGAGAAAGGGUGCAGCCGGCAACGAUCGAGGAUCGGCGCCGGGUGGUGGUGGUGGCGGUACUGGUCGCUCGGUGGAGUCGGGCAGUGGUGGUGGCCGUGGUAUCGGCCCAGCGUCGAGCGGCCCCGGGAAGCUGCACAACAGCCACCCGAUGGACAGGCACGGCAAGCCGGGUGGCCAUGGGUACGGGCAGGAGAAGCAGCUCGGAGGCAAGGGUACGCUGCCGAUGGACAAACUGAACAGUAUUACCUGUGUCUACUGCACGCUUUCGUUUGCCGACCGGUCGGAGCUGCGGGCGCACUGCCAAACCGAGAGCCACCAGAACAUCAUCAUGUCGGAUGAGGGUCGCGACUGGAAAUGGCGCCCGCCGCCCCGCGGCUUCGUGGCGGAAUCGUACACGCUGUGCGAGAAGUACCAGGAUAAUCAAAACUGUCACUACGGCAACCAGUGCGUGGAGGCGCACGGGGUCGACGAGCUGAACGAGUGGAAGGAGCGGUUCGAGUACCGGAAGAAGAAGCUGCAGCGGGCGCGGGACAAGGAGCUGUACGGCAAGAGCUACACCGAGCAGCUGCUCGAGCGGUGGGUGCAGGCGCCCAGCCCCGAGAAGGUGAUGCGCGAAAAGGUGGAGGGGGUGGAGGACAGCUGCUCGCACGAUCUCGUCACGACGAUCUCGUCCAAGGUGAGCAAGCGCGAGUGGUCGUUCGUGCUCAAGACGAAGCGCUACCUGAAGGCGGUCGCGCUGCUGCAGGACGCCCACCGCAAUCACUUCGUGCUGAAGCAGGUGUGCCCGGGCGAGCCGCGCGGCACACCUGGCAGUGGCCCUAGCGGGGGUGGUGUCGGCGGCAAGAAGAGCAUGUCGGGCGGUGGGAAGGGAGGUGGCCCAUCGUCCGAGGCAGACCUCAACUCGGAGCAGGAAUGGAUGGCACCGGCGACACCGGGGUUGGACAAGGGCGAGGCGGCACCGGCCGUGCUCGAGCAUCGGAUCAAGGUGGGCUUCAGCACGGAGAUUUACGGCACGUUCCGGCAGACGGUGGUGUUCGAUUUCGGGCGCGAACCGGUGCUGGUGAAGCACAUCUGCGUGGACGUGGUGCCGGUGACGGAGGUGGACAAGAUACAGGAGAUCAAGAAGGACAUCGUGAUGUCGACGGCGGAGCGGUGGGACGAGACGAACUCGGAGAUCUGCGAGUUUACGACGGCGCCGAUCCCGCACAUGCACACGCCCGCCUACACGGCGGACGCGGAGCGGGAGAAGGAUCUGCUGCUGCGUUACCCGCUGCCGAAAGCGUCCACGUUCGUGCUGACGCAGUCCACCAUCACGGAGAAGCGGCUGACGCGCAACAACUACCGCAACCGUAUCCAUGAGCUGCUGUACGUGGAGGAGAUCGCCCGGUACGAGCAGAUCGCCCGCUACAACCUCACGACGCGGCUGUCGAUCGUGACGAACUACCUGCUGACGCCGAGCGGCAUGGCAACCAGCACGGCCAAGUACUCGCACUCGGGCGAGCUGUUCGCGCUGAUGAAGCUCGGCAAGGACGUGUCGGAGGACACGUCGGCCGGCCGGCUCAUACUGAACAACUGCCAGGCGGUGUACAUAGCGGCGGCACGCGAAACCACCCCGGCGGGCGAGCGGCGCAAAGUGUACGAGGCGGUCAUCGAGGAUAAGGGCAAGAACAUGAUCUACCUGAAGGUGUCGGCGAAGGCGGUGACGGGGCUGGGGCUGAAGCCGGACACCGAGUUCCUCGCCGACAUACAGUUCCAGCCGAACCGGCUGACGUACUGCGAGUGGCACCAGGCGAUCGACAAGAUAGCGGACUUUCGCAUCAUCUUUCCCGAGAUCUUUCUCGAGCCGAGCAUCCCGUGGACGCCGCAGCGCCAGUGGGACGCCUCGCUCGAUCCGAAGCUGAACUCGAAGCAGAAGGAGGCGGUGGUGGCGAUCACGACGCCGGUCAGCGUGCCGCUGCCCCCGAUACUGCUGAUCGGGCCGUUCGGCACCGGCAAGACGUACACGCUGGCCCAGGCGAUCAAGCAGCUGCUGCUGCAGGACGGCACCAAGAUACUGAUCUGCACGCACUCGAACUCGGCCGCCGACCUGUACAUCAAGGACUAUCUGCACCCGUGGGUGGAGGAGGGCAUGACGGAGGCGCGCCCGCUGCGCGUCUACUACCACAAGCGCUGGGUCGCGACGGUCAACAGUAUUGUACAGAAGUACUGCCUGGUGGAUUUGAACAUCAACAUGCGCAACUUUCGCCGCCCGACCGUGAAGGACAUCCUGAAGCACCGGAUCGUGGUGGUGACGCUGAACAUCUCGAUGGAGCUGGCGUCGCUCGACCUGCCGAAGGGCCACUUCACGCACAUCUUCCUGGACGAGGCGGCCCAGGCGAUGGAGUGCGAGGCGAUCAUGCCGCUCGCGCUUGCCGGCGAGCGGACGCGCAUCGUGCUGGCCGGCGACCACAUGCAGAUGUCGCCGGAGCUGUUCUCCAACUUUGCGAAGGAGCGCAAGCUGCACGUGUCGCUGCUCGAGCGGCUGUACGACCACUACCCGAACGACUUCCCGUGCAAGAUACUGCUGUGCGAGAACUACCGGGCGCACGACGCAAUCAUCCGCUUCACGUCCGAGCUGUUCUACGAGCAGAAGCUGAUCGCGUCCGGCAAGCAGCCGCGCCACGAGAAGUUCUACCCGCUCACGUUCUUCACGACGCGCGGCGAGGACGUGCAGGACAAAAACUCGACCGCCUUCUACAACAACUCGGAGGUGUACGAGGUGGUCGAGCGGGUGUGCGAGCUGCGCAAGAAGUGGCCGAGCGCGUGGGGCAAAAUCAACGACCAGAGCAUCGGCAUCAUGACGCCGUACGCGGACCAGGUGUUCCGCAUCCGGUCGGAGCUGCGCAAGCGGCGCAUGGGCGGCAUCAGCGUCGAGCGGGUCGCGAACGUUCAGGGCAAGCAGUUCCGGGCGAUCUUCCUGUCGACGGUGCGCACCAGGCGCACGUGCAACGCGAACGCGAGCGAGGGCGCGGGCACGAGCAGCGAGGAGGUGGACUACGGCUUCCUGAGCAACUCGAAGCUGCUCAAUACGGCGAUCACGCGGGCCCAAAGCCUGGUGGCGGUCGUCGGCGACCCGGUGGCGCUCUGCUCGAUCGGCCGCUGCCGGAAGGUGUGGGAGCGCUUCAUCGAGAUCUGCUACCAGAACAAGAGCCUGUUCGGCAUCACCUGGUCGCUGCUGCGCUCGCAGCUGGACGGCGUGGAGCUGAAGAAGACGUACGUGCUGAAUCCGCUGGCGCCCGAGUUUGUGCCGCGGGCGCUGCAGGGCGAGGCGUACCUGCGCGACCAGGCCGCGAACCUGGGCGGAGCGUUGACGCUGUCGGCCGGCGGUCCGUUCCAUCCGCAUGGCGGGGCAGGACAUCACGGAGGACCGCCGGUCGGUGUGCCGCACCUUUCGGGUCACCAUGGACCAUCGCAUCAGCAGCAGCAACAUCAGCAACAGCAGCAGCAACAACAACACCAGCAGCCCCAAUCGCACCCACAGCAAGCGCAAGGCCCGGGCGGCGUACACGCGGCCCAUCAUUUGCAUCACCUGCAGGCGCAUCAUCACGCCGCCGCACCGCAACAGUCCGGUGGCGCGGGCUCGUCCUUCCAUCACGGCACGGUCGGUGGUGGGGCGGGCGGUGCAAGCUUCCCGCUGGGCGGCGUUGCCGCUGGCGGGACCGGUGCCGGUGGGAUCGCGGGCAUACAGAAUGCGGCGGCCGCUGCCGCGCUGAUGCGCAAUCAGCUGGCCAUCACGCCCUUCAUCGGUCCGACCAGCGCCGUCCAGGGGCCAGGGGCAGCGCAAUCGGCGAUGCUGCAGCAGCACCUGCAAUCGCAGCAACCUUCGCAACAGCAACCACCGGUACAGCAGCAGCAGCAGCCCGGCCAGCAACAGUUCCCGUACCAGAACCAGCUCUACUUCUACCAACAGCAGCAGCAGCAGCAGCAACAGCAGCAACAGUCGUCCCAGCAGCAGCAGUCGCUCCGUGCCGGUGGCCCAACCCUAGUCCCACCGCACCCGGCAGCCCUGGGCGGUCCACCGAUACCACCGAACAUGGCCCCACCGCCGCCCAACCAGAGCGUGCCGAACCUGUGGGGCGCUACCGGGGCGGGCGGCGCCUUCCCCAUGGUGUCGUCGCCCGGGGGCCGCAACACGCCGCCCGGCUGGCGGCUGGCGCAAAAGAACGUUCCACCCUCGAUAAGGCCCCAGCUGACGGCGGUAGCGGCGGCAGCAGCGGCUGCCGCCGCAGCCGUCGCCUCCGGCCAAACCGUCGCCCAUCCGCUCGGGCUGGGUCUGCCGAAUCGUCCCGGGCCGCCGCCCCUGAUAGCGCCACCGAUGCGCAGCCCAACGAUUGCGGGCGGGCAGGCACCACCACCGCUCGGGCCACUGCCCUACUUUCAGCAGCAGCAACAGCCCAACAAAGGCCCGGCCGGUGUGGUGGCAGCGGCGGCCGCCCUUAUGCAAACGCAGGCCCAGCAGCAGCAGCAAGCCGGGGGCGGCGCUUUCGGCGCCGGGCUUUAUCAUCAGGCACCGCAUCUCGCCGGGGGUCCGCUACAGCAAGGACCGGUAGUGGCCCAGCCGAACCAUCACAUUCGUCCGAUGCUGGCGGGAGGGCCAAUCAGCCCGAGCGGCUUUCAGCAGCAGCAGCAGCAGCCGCCUCAGGCCAUUCCCAACUCCCAGUCUCAGGGACACUACGCGCAAACCGGCGACCUGUACAUGACGAGCAUCCAGAGCGAGCUGAUGGCCAUCUCGAACCGAAUGCCGCAUAUGGUGGUAGCGGCGGCUGCAGCCGCCGCCGGCCAGAAGCUUGGUACGGGUGGUGGUGGUGGUGCGGGAGGUGCACCAGGAGGAGCCGGUGCACCGAUGGGCCGUGGCGCCGACCAGUUCGCCAUGGACAAGACGUCGGACUUCCAUUUUCUCCAGAACGUGCACUUCCCGGAGCUGCGAAACACGGCCGCCAACCAUCAACAGCAGCUGGGCGGUCCGCAUCUCCCCUCCGUCUCCACGUCAGCGCAUUUACUGCAGCAGCAACAUCAGCAGCAACAGGUGGCUAACACCAUGCUUGGAUCGGUCACACAGCAGCAGCAGCAGCAGCACGGUGGCUCCGGUCACGUGCCUGCCGAUUUUAACCAUCUGCUGCCGGCCGGCAUGAGCUUCAUCGAUAUGGCGCUGCAGACGAAAGAGUUCCAGUACUACUGGUUUACCAAGCUGAUGGAGUCGAAGGGGCUCGAGGCGGCCAACAAGUUCACCGACAUCCUGCGCCAGGUGCCGACCGCCGUCGCGAGCUCGAUGAAAUCGCAACAGUCCGGCGGGCUGGCAUCCGGUCAGCAGCAGCAGCAGCAGCAGCAGGCAGGUAUGAAAAUGCCCGGGCUUGGCAGUGCCGGCAGUGGACCACUUUCUUCGCAGGCGGACCUGUUUCUCGACAACAUGCUGAAUCCGAUGCGCUCCGAUCCGCUGCUGCUCGGCGGUGCUGCCGGCGGUGUCGGUACUGCCGGCUCGCUAGUGCACGGCAACGUGCUGGUGAACGGAGUGACCGGUCCGGGAUCGAACGCAUCGAAUGCAUCCAACGCCAACAACAACAACAGUAAUAAUAACAACAACAACAGCAACCAUCCGGGAGCGGCGGGUGCGAAGGGUGGCAUUCUCGAAUCGGACGAUCUGUUCGCUAGCCUGUCCUCUUCGCUAGCGCCCGAAAUUCCGUCCCUGGUUGGUGGACCGUCGAGCCAGCAGAGCCAGCAGCAACAGUCGGUACCGCUGUACCGACGCCAGGCAGGCCAGAACUAUCAGUCGGGCGGUAGCGGUGCUGGAUCAGCCGGUGGAGGAAGCAACAGCAGUGCAGGUGGUGGUGGUGGUGGUGGUGGUACCGUCGGAACCGGUUCCUCCUCCUCGCACUCGAUCGAGCUGUCCACGCCGGAUCUGCUCGACUCGGUGCAGCUGCAUCAGCAACAGCAGCAGCAGCAGCAGCAACAGCACUUUGGCAUGCAGCAAACGCUGCUCGACAUGCUGGAGCCGAAAAUGGCACCGCAAGGCUACCUGUUCGGGGCAGCGAACGGCGGAGGGAACCAGUUUACCGGCAAUUCGAUGCUGGAUCAGCAGCACCAGCACCAGCAGAAUGGAGGCUGCUUCCCGGGCAAUGCCGGCUACAGCUCGAUCCAAAACAUUGCCGCCGGGUUGUUGCAGCAGCAGCAGCAGAUGCAACAUCAGCAGCACGGACUGGGCGGCAGGGGCGACUACAUGCCGCACCUGACGUCGCACGCCGGCUCGCAGAUGCAGACCGGUGGAUUGAUACAGUCGCAGUCCCAUCUGCACGAUGACCACAUGCUGGCGCAGCGUCAGCCGGGUGGUGGGGGGGCCGGUCCGGGUGGAAUGCCACCGUCGUCCUCAGCCGCCCAUGCAACGUACGCUAGUGUAUUGAGCCAGGGGCAACAACAGCAGCAGCAGCAGCAACAGCAACAGCAGCAGCACCAGCAGCAACAGCAGCAUCAUCAGCAGCACCAUCAGCACCAUCACGGUAACAAUGGUAAUCAGCACCAGGUGCAGCAUCAGCAUCAUCACUAUGGUGCGCAGCCACAGCAGCAACAGCAGCACGGUCACGCGAAUGCGAUGGAUGGGCUUAAGCAGCUGGGCAAGAUUGAGCUUUCGGAUGGUGGGGCGCUGCUCGAUGCCAGUGCCAACAAUGGCAACAACGGUGCCGUCGGCAACGAUCCGUUCGCUCCGCUGCGCAAUCUCGGCGGCAAGAGCAAUGGGUUGUACAAUUAUUUUCUUUAAAGUUAAAACAUUUCCGACAGAGCGCGUAAGUUGUGAGCAAAAAGAGGCGAAAAGAGAGAGAGAGAGCGAGAUGGAAAGUGAGAAAAGGAGCCAGGGAAUGUGUCGCUAAGGGGAGCGAGGAGAUCCAGCUGCUCCAGUGGCAGAAAUCUCUCGUCUCCUUAGCUACGAUACACAUUCGACCUGCUGUGAGAGAGCAAAGCUAGGCAUUGUGAAACCGCGCAACCUUUGAAAUAGUGGCAGUGAGCGUGUGCGUGUGUGUUUGAAUUAUUAUUUCUUAUAGAAAAACAAACGCCUUUAGGCAGGCAUAAGUAGAAACGGAUUGGGCAGGCAAACGAGAAGGCAGACCGAGAUAAUGGAAUGGAAAAUGCUUGACAACAAAUUGAAAGCGAAAAAAAAAGAAACAGAAAAAGUAACACGAUUAGUAAACAGAAACAUAUAAAACAUAAAGAUAAAGAUACAACGUAAGAAGUGUGGUAAAAGAAGAUAAGAAAAUGAAAACAAAAAGCGAAAACAUAAAACGAAAAAAAAAACAGAAAAAAUUAUACAAAAAAUCCUAAAAAGUUAUGUCUACUUAUGGUUUAUAUGAAUGUUGCAAAAACAAAAGAAAACCCGACAAAAAAAAAAAGAUGUGUAGAGAAAACUCAAUGCAAAACAUUGAAGAUCACGCUGUGUGUGUAUGUGUGUGUGUGUAAGAGUGUCCAGAAUAUAUGAAAAGAAGACGGAAGGGGAGGGAAAUGAUUACUGUUUACAACAGACAAACAAACAAAAAACUUAGGCAUACAUACAUGCGUAACAUAAUAAGAAUAACACACACACACAUACACAACUGAUGGGUAGAAGCGUGCGUGUAGGCGUGGGUGGGUAACGAUAAGUUCCAUAUGUACACAUACUAACUUCAUUGAAAUAAUAUUAACUGCAAACCCCACAUACAAACACACACACACACACACAUCCACGUACAUGCAGCAUGCAUACAAAAUGGGGAAGGAGGAUGGUCAAACAAACGCAUACAUAAAAUGACUUUAGCAUAAUCGUAAGGCAUUCGUCAUAUUGAGAUAUCAUUACUGUACUUUAUACGUUUACUUCUUUAACUUGAACAUAUUUGAGUUUGGUUAUAUUUUCCUUUUUUUUUGCUUUCUUUUUAAUUAAACGUAUACUCAUUUUUCGUAUGUUUACAUUGUAUCGCUUUCUUAUUUAAUACUACCCGUACGGAACCUAAUCGCUACUAUAAUAUAUUUUCUCUUUUUUUUUGCCUAGCGUAUAUAAAUAUGCGUAUACACCUAUCUAAGCAUUAAAAUAUCAAAUCUGCGAACCGCAAAACAAUGGAAAUAAACUUUGUUCCUGUAACAUA